UUUUAUAAGCUACAAUUGAAAUAGUGUUGAAAUGUUGUGAUUUUGAUAAGUUUGAAUUGUUUUCAUUGCAAUUUGAAUAUUUCAUAUUUUUCGGUGCUCAUUGGUGUCAUAUAACAACGCAUUCACCACGAAACCCACCGGUUAGUUGUGUUCGCCAAACAAAAAAUCGUAUAAGCGGCAGCAGUAGCAACACUUGACUUUAAAGCCAAUUCACACUACUACAUGCAUACCAGACCUGCGAGAUCCCAUUACCAAAACACACACGCACACAUACUCGCAAACCCAAAGCUGAAAAUCCGAUGUACAUUUUUUUUUGUAUCUAAUUGGACAUUUCAAUUCAGUGGCAAAUAUUGCCAUUUCAUUUCCUUUUUCGACUGAAAAAAAAAAACAACAGACCAAUUACUAUGUGCUUGUAUGAAGUGAGCGAUAGUUUGUGUGUAAGUGUGUGAAUUUGAUUAUUGUCGUCGUCUAGUGUAAAAUAAAACCGUAUUCUGGUAUAUUCCUGUUUGUGUGUCUUGUUCAUUGGUUGACUUGACUGAUGCGCCAUCGUUCGUGGUGUUAGCCGAUUUGUGUUCGCCUGUAUGUAAUUGCCAAUACAUUGACAAUUACAUGGGCGAUAAUAACAGGCAACAGCAUUCACACAUUCAAAAGACCGAACAAAAAUUGACGCAAAGUUCAUGUUAAAAUACGACCAACAGAGAAAAAAAAAGAAGAAAAGAAUUAUCGAAUCAAGUAAUACGACGAAGUGAAUAUCAAAAAAGACAACAACACACAGAACAAACCAUUGCAAUUCAAUGGGCUAACCUUUUUCUGUAACAUUUUAGUUUUUUUUGUAUGUGCGUAAAACAUUAAAAUAAUAAAUCUGUUUAUUCUAAUUGUGAUUGUGUACAAACUGCAUAAAAUCGGGCCACAUUUUCUGUUCAUUUCGUCCAUCCACAACCACCCUGAUAUUCAGUCGAUCGACAACAACAACACAAAAAAAUUGGAGCAUGUGCAUGUGUGCCUUUCUUCUAUGAGUUUGAAAACAAAAAACAACGUCAACCAAACCGAAAUUCACAUCGUCAAAUCAGCCAACCGAGCAUGAGAUAAGAAGAAUACAGUUGAAUUCGAAACACACCGAAAAAAAAAAUCGUGAAUAGCUUGCGUCAAUCUUCCGAGUAUAGACAGAAGGAAAAAGAGCAUUAGAAAACAAGGCAGAGAGAAAGUGCAAAAAUAACUGAAUUAACAAGAGAAAGACAAGAAGUGACUUUUCGACAGUAAUUCGUGCAUAUUGAAGUCAAACAGCAUUAGACAAAACUGUAAUUCGAUUAUGUAUGAGUUGGAUGAGUGGUCUAACAUUUGACAGUUCACCCCGAGAGAAACGUGUUGAAAUUUGUUCUGUGUUGUCUGUGUUUGUGUGUAUGUUGUGCAAAUCGCGGGUAAAAAAAGACAACGAUCCGACCAUUGUCAUGUAUUCGAUAGCGAUGCAAUUGACAUUGUAACGACAGAGAGAUUUCAACAAAACAACAACAGGAGAAUAAAGAAAAAAAAAACUAUCUUCGGCUUCGGAGCAACAGCAAAAUCGUUGAGUGAGAACGAGCAAGAGACGAAGUAAAAGGGUGAAACUACAACGCGCACAAUAUAAAUAAAACAAUCACUUAGAACGAAUCGAAGCGUUUGAUUUGACCAAGCAUACAACGCAAGAGAAUCAGCGAACAAACGGUCGAAAAACAACGACACAUACUCUCCAAUUAAAAUCAAUUUUCGUCGAGGAAUACAACAAUUUUUUUUUUAAAUAAAACUAGCAUCGUCCAUUCAAAAAGUUACGCGUCGUAAAAAUCAAUGCAAAUAAAUGAGUGAAUCGGUUCAUUUGUUAUAAGCAACCCACAAUUUUUGCAAGUGAUCGAAUCCACAACACAAACAUAUACCGAACGUUUACACCGUUUUUUUAUACGUCAUUUUAACCUAAUUAGUAAGACAUCCGGACCAGUGACCAGCAAUUAUGAAUUUCCUUGGGUUUGGACAAUCGGCCGAUAUUGACAUCGUGUUCGAUGACAGCGAAUCACGUAAACUAGCCGAAGUGAAAACGGAAGAUGGCAAAAAGGAGAAGUAUCUACUGUACUAUGAUGGCGAAACUGUAUCGGGCAAAGUGAAUGUAACGCUGAAGAAGCCUGGCAGCAAACUGGAGCAUCAAGGCAUCAAAGUGGAACUAAUUGGUCAAAUUGAGUUGUAUUAUGAUCGCGGAAAUCAUCAUGAGUUCGUGUCAAUGGUCAAAGAGUUAGCCAGACCGGGUGACUUGAUUCAAAACACCAGCUAUCCAUUUGAAUUUGCUAACGUUGAAAAGCCAUACGAAGUGUAUGUCGGUUCCAAUGUUCGCUUAAGAUAUUUCCUUCGUGUGACCAUCGUGCGUCGCAUCAGUGACGUUGUUCGCGAAAUUGAUAUCGCCGUUCACACGCUCUGUAGUUAUCCGGAAAUGAAUUGCCCCAUCAAAAUGGAAGUUGGUAUUGAAGACUGUUUACACAUAGAAUUUGAGUACAAUAAAUCAAAGUAUCAUUUAAAGGAUGUUAUUGUUGGGAAAAUUUAUUUUUUACUCGUUCGCAUUAAAAUAAAACAUAUGGAAAUUGCAAUAAUAAAACGCGAGACAACUGGCUCAGGUCCGGUGAAUGUUUUCACAGAAAAUGAAACGAUAGCCAAAUACGAAAUUAUGGAUGGUGCCCCAGUUAAAGGUGAAAGUAUACCGAUUCGUGUGUUCUUGGCCGGUUACGAUUUGACACCGACAAUGCGUGACAUCAAUAAAAAGUUUUCGGUGCGAUACUUUUUGAAUUUGGUGUUGAUGGAUACGGAAGAUCGGCGAUAUUUCAAGCAACAGGAAAUUACAUUGUGGCGUAAAGCCGAUAAAAAUCGAAAAUCGGCCAUAACACAAUCAUCGAAUCCGCAUGUUCCAUCGCAUUUGGUUGGUUCAGAUGGUGAGAUAAUGACAAAGCCGUCAGUAACCGCAUCGAGCAUGUCACCAAACACACAAAACAGCGACGGUGAAAAUAGUAAUCGUGACGACAACAAGAGCAGUGAUGCUGGUGAAAAAACGGUUGGUCUAUUUCAAGAGGAGAGCCCUGAACAUGAAACCAAAUCAACUUUGCCAUUAUCAUCGGAGGAUGUCACUGUGUCUCCGACUUCAGGCGAUAACAGCAGCCGAAGGGAAACGUUGGCUGCUGGCCAAGAGGACGAAAAUGUUCCGCAACUAGAACGAGAAUCGGGCGAUGGUGCGUCGGCCAAUCCAACGGAAAGUGAAAGCUCAAGUGCAUACCAGAGAAGAACGAAAACGCGUACCGGUUCAUUAUUCGAUGACGAUGACGAAGAGGAGAACGCAGACCAAACGGCGACGGCGAAUUAAACAACCACAACAACAACAAAAGGCUCCAACAAUUUUUUUUUUUUUUUUUUAGAAAAAUGAAUGAAAAAAAAACACACAUAGACAUUUUAAGAUUCAAUAAUUACAUCUCUCUACGAUAUCCCGAACAUUCGCACCGCGAAACAAAAGAAGAAAAAUGAACGGAAGAAACACUCCACAUGAAAUGUGAAACGAAGAUCAAACAAGCACAUUCACACAAAUUUAUAAUCCAAUAUGUGCAGUUGGGAUGGAGAGAGCAAUAAUUAAAACACGAAACAAAACAACAACAAAACAUUAGUAAUUUCUGUUGUGUAGGAAUAAAUUCAAUCGAAGAUUGGGUCAUGAGCUGAGAUAAAAAAAAAAAAAAACAGAGACAGAACGAGAGAGCGAGAGAGAGAGAGAGAAUGAGUGAAGAUUUUUUUGUUCGUUUGAUUUUGAAGGGAAUGUAUGUUGAAGAGAAUCCACUCGAAUUACACAUAUUGAGGUUGAAUUGUGCGCGAUUGAAAAAUUGAUUAUUAUUAUUAUCGCAGAAUAUUCUAAUUAUUUUAAAUUGCCGAAAAGGAGCGAUGAUAUAAAAACAACAACAACAACUACAUUGUAAUUAAACCACACUGAUUGUAAAUUGUGCGCUUUGAAAUGCGCUGUAAAAAUAAACAAAAAAUUAAUACUAUCAAA